GGGCCCUUCUUUUAGCUCAGGGCCCAGAUUCAAGCACUCAAAACAAAAGAGAAGAACAAGAAGCAGCACUCACCAACAUCCCGGGAGGCCUGAAUUCAUCGUCCAUCAAGUCCAGCCAUCAGCACCCCGUUCAUAACAGAUAAAUACACGUCAGAAGGUUAAGGUUCCCCAUUCAGAGUCGGUCAAGGAUCCACCCUCCUCCUUUUCUUGUCCGUUCUCUCUUCCAUGAUCGCCACAAGCUUGCGUUGAUUAGGUCCGAGAGCCUCGGCAGUUGGCGCAAUUGCCCGACGAAUGAGAACAAGAGCAGGCGGAAAAGGAAGAGGAAGGGAGAAAGGAAGAGGAGGUAAAGGAAAGGGGACAAGAAGCUGCAGAAAGCUUCAACCCGCCCGUAGCUCAGUUGAGCUCUCAUUUCAGCCUGCAGCGCUCGAUCGGGUCCGUCCUGCGCACGUGAUGCUCGCAAAGGACGAAGUUUUGUUUUGUUUUUUUCUGGAUUGCUUGUUCAACAAGACUAUCUUUUUUCUUUCGUUUCGUAUCUUUUCUUUUUUUCUGUUUUGCUUUUGGUCGGGCUUUCUUCCUAUUCAUGUGACUAAUGGUUUCUUGGGGAAUGGGUCUUUUUUUCUUGGGUCCGCGGACGAGUCAGGUCGGAACCAGAGGUCAAAAAGGGUCGCUGAGCUGGUUUGUGUCGGAUUCAUGCGAUCGGGUCGUUAGCAAAAGCCGUGCUUGCAUCUAGCUGUCCACCUGGCCCUUGAAGUAGGCCUUGGCCAUCUCAUACGAGGUCCUGUA